AUGAACAUCAAAGCAGCAGGUAGUGCAGGAGCAGGCCUUUCCCUUUUAGGUGCUGUUGGUGUCUUUCUUUACAACUCUCUCUUCACUGUAGACCCAGGUCACCGUGCCAUUAUGUACAACCGUAUCUCAGGCAUAAACUCCAAUAAAAUUUACAUUGAAGGCACCCAUUUCAAGAUUGUUUUUUUUGACCGUCCGAUAAUCUAUGAUGUUCGUACCCAUCCACGCAUCAUCAGUUCUUUGACUGGAACCAAAGAUCUUCAGAUGGCUAAUGUCUCGCUCAGAGUUUUAUCAAGGCCAAAUGUUGAAGCUUUGCCUGCUGUCUAUAGAACUCUUGGGAAAGAUUAUGACGAAAGAGUCCUUCCAAGUAUUGUCAAUGAAAUCUUAUGCCUAAUUAAAGACACUAAUUACUUAUUUUUUUUUAUAAAUAAUCCAAAAAAUAUGUCAGUUAAAAUGGUAUAAAAUCUGUUGUGGCUCAGUUCAAUGCGACUCAAUUGCUAACUCAAAGAGAACAAGUAUCAAGAAUGAUCAGACAAAACCUUAUAAGCCGUGCUAAUGACUUCAAUAUCAUUGUCGAUGAUGUAUCAAUUACACAUUUAACCUUCGGGAAAGAAUUCACUGAAGCUAUUGAAGCUAAACAAGUAGCUGCUCAACAGGCAGAAAUGGCGAAAUAUGUGGUCUUACAGGCUGAGCAAGAAAAAUUGGGCAUGAUCAUCAAGGCUGAAGGAGAAGCAAAAAGCGCACAGCUUAUUGGGUCUGCAAUUGUGGCAAAUCCUGCUUAUAUUAGGCUUAAGAAGAUUGAGACUGCUCAAGAGAUCGCAAAUAUACUUUCACAGUCAAGAAAUAGAGUGCUGUUAAGCUCAGACUGCCUUUUAAUGAAUCUUAAAGAUCUUUUGGACUAA